AUGGCGGCGACGUCGCUGUACAGCGUCUGGCUCGAGCCCCCCACGGACCUGCGCAUCAAGGCUGCCAACUUCAUCGACGGUCAGGUCGCGUGCUCGCCCGGGUGCCCGUCGUUCGCGCCGCACGUCACGCUCGCGGGCGGAUUCCGCGGCUCCGAGUCGGACGCGCGCGCGAGAACCGCGGCGCUCGCGUCCGCGCUCGUCGCGCCCGGCGCGCCGUUCGCGGACGGCGUCGCGUCGCUGCGCGCGAAGGACGUCGCGACCGGGACGCGGUACCACCAGUGCGUGUACCUGCGCAUGGAGCCCACGGAGACGCUCGCGGCCGCGCACGCCGCGGCGGCGCGCGCGUUCGACCUGGAGCCGGGAAACGGGAACGGCGAGCCGUACGUGCCGCACCUGUCGCUCGUGUACGGCGAGACCAGGGAGGAGAUUAAGGCGGACGCCGCGGACGCCGCGACGGAGGCGCUCUUCUGCGGCGUCUUGAGGGGCUUCGAGACGCGCGAGAUCGUGCUGUGGAGGACGGACGUGGAAGAUCUCACGUGCGAGAGCUGGGCGCGCGUGGAGCGAUUUCCGCUCGUCCCCGAGGGCGGCGGGAACGGCGGCGAGUCCUCCGAGGAGAAGACGACGGCGCAGAGGAUCAUCGACGAGGCGGAGGAGGAAAAGAAGAUGAAGAAGAUGAAGAAGAAGAAGAAGAAGAACCCGAUGCGUUGGCUGAAGAAGCGCCUGGGCCUCGUCAAAGGCGGCGGCGGCGACCCGGCGAGAACAAGGGCGGCGUGA